GUUUUUAUUUUCGAUAACCGGAUACACAUUAUCGAUACCGGAUCAUUUUAUCGAUAACCGGAUUAUUUUCUUCCACAAAAAAUCUUGAGCCACACAUUUUUUUUGUUCUUCUUCUUCUUCAUCUCUCUGCUGAUGGAAAAAUCGGAAAUUUAGAGGCAAAAAUGGUUGAUUUUCACCGAGAAAUUUGACACAAGUUUCCUCAGAUGGUGCGUUAUUGUGUGAUCAAGAUUGCUUAAAGAAAUGGUUUUGGCGGUUUGUGUUGGUAAUUCUUCUCUUGUAUCAAUGGAACUGAGGUGGGCAAGAAGAAGAAAAUCUGAUAAUGCUGCAUUGGCAUUGCCUCGCAACGUUGAAAAGAUUGUUGAUAUGAAAAAGCUGCGUAUAGCUAUCUCUCGUAGCGAUGUUGUUGUCUCUGUGUUUUGCAAACCUCAUCACGCGGAUGUUGAUGAUGCGGUUUUGUAUUCAGAAGAAGAAAGUUUGUCUUCAUCUUUGUAUCAUUCAGAAUUUGGGAGACAAAAUAAGGAUGAGAGUUCUUUGGUAGACUUGUUUCAGAAUGUGUUGCCUCUAACUCCUUCCACUGGACAGCUUGUUGGAUUCGGUCGUGCUUAUUCUGAUUUUGGCUUGACUGCUUCUAUCCAUGAUCUAAUGGUUUUACCUUCACUACAACGGAUGGGAAUUGGUAAACUGAUAGUAAACAGAAUUGUCAGGCUUCUCACAAGCAGAGACAUCUACGACAUAGCAGCUCUCUGCUUCGAAGAUGAAAGGCCAUUCUUCAAAGCCUGUGGGUUUGGAGAUGACAGGAUGGGUUCCACAACAAUGAUGUUCACAAAGAGCUUGGAGGCAUAAAACCGAAGCGAGAACGCUGAUAGACCUUCAGAAACUGCAGGUCAAAGCAAGUUAUAUUGAUCUCUAAAUGAUGACCAACGAGAAAGGCCAAAGAUUCAGAGUCUUUCUUGCAUUUGGAUUUGAUGUCUGGUGGUUUACUCUCUUUUAUUCUUCUUAUCUCUUUCCAUGUAAGGCAAAGCUACUUAAUCCCAUGUUAGUUGUCUUCGAUUAGAAGAAUACAUUAUACAAUAUCUU